AUGGAGGCAAAUUCUAAGGAUAUGGAGACGGCCAUCCCAGGUUUAUCUUUAAAGAAUGGGUAUCAAAGUGAUUGGUACUGUUUGGUUGAUAGAAAACGAGGAUCGUUGCUGCAAAUUCUCUCUAGAUUGUCUGCUAAAUUGCGUAAAUUUCGGAAGAGCGGUUUGGAUUUGGAAUUCACCGAGAAUGGCUGCGAAGACGAUGAUGAUGAGAAAGGAGGCGGCAGCGCAGGGAAACGGAGCGGCGGCGACAACGACGGCGGCGAAGAUGAACGAAGUGAUGUUGUUCGCGAAAUGCGAGUGUUGCAGAUUGACGGAAGAGUGCACGGAGGCGUACGUAGCGAAGGUCCGAGAGCGGAACCAAGGGCGGUGGAUAUGCGGGUUGUGCGCGAGGUCGAAGCGACAUAUUGGCAGUGA